AUGGCAAAAGUUUCGGUAUGUAUGGAUGAAAAAGACGACAGUCAAAUAGAGAUUGAGUCUGGAUGCUCAAAAUUAGAUAAUAAUUUCUCUCAUGAAAAAGAUUCUGAGAUCAAUAGACGUCAACCAGACAAUAAAAUAAAAGUUCAGUUGAAAUGGGAAAAUGUUAGCUAUGCCAUAGAGAAGAGAGAUGAGAUAAGUGCAAUUCUCAAAGGAGUGUCAGGAGUUGCAAAUCCUGGAGAGCUCUUACUCCCCCUCCGUAAGCGAAAAAAAAUUGGAAAAAUCUCUAUUCUUUUAUUCUUUGCCCAAAAACCCGCCCUCGUGCAAACCAAAAAUGUUUUGGAUAUACAAAUUUUUGAUGAAAAAAAAAUGAUUUAUAAUUGAUUAUUAGUAUAAUAAAUCUCUCUCACUAAUUCUGUCUAAUUUUAAACAAAUUGCAUUUUAAAACAAUAUUUUACAAUUUAAAUUCAUUUUUACGAUUUGGAUUUUUUUUAUUGUAAAAAGCAAUAUUUACUAUAAAAUUUAUAUAUAAAUUUAAAAAAGAUUAACCCCCGUCCAUAAGCUGACAAAUUUUUUUUGAUCGCUCACGGAUGGGGGAGUUAGCUAUAAUGGGAUCUUCAGGGGCUGGGAAAACAACUCUCUUAAAUAUCCUAGCUGGUCGACUUAAAAGCAUUGGAGAAAUUAAAAUUAAUGGGACUGUCUCCAUAAAUGGCACCAACAUAAAAGACAUCAACUUUGGCUACUAUUCAGCCUAUGUAACACAAGAAGAUAUUCUCUUGCCGACCUUAACUCCAAGAGAAUCUUUGCUCUUUUCGUCUAAAUUGAGAUUGCCCGGGUCUCAUGAAGACCAUGCAAAAAGAGUCGAAAAAAUUCUUGAGGAUCUAAGACUCACAAGAGUAGCUGAGAAUGUGAUCGGAAGUGUCACCAGUAAAGGAUUAUCGGGAGGUGAAAGGAAAAGAGUCUGCAUUGGGAUUGAACUUAUCACUGAGCCUCUCAUUUUGAUUCUCGAUGAACCUACCUCAGGACUUGACAGCUAUACAGCUGAAAUUGUAGUUGAUUUACUAUUAGAACAAGCCAAAAAAGGUAGAACAAUCAUAACAACUAUUCAUCAGCCAAGUUCAGGAGUCUUUAAAAAAUUUGACAGGCUUGUCUUGAUGAGUGAAGGAAAUAUUGUUUAUCAAGGACAGGCAAGCGAAUCCAGAAAAUAUUUUGCUGGACUUGGCUACAAGUGCCCAAAAUUGAUGAAUCCAGCUGAUUAUUUUAUGAGACUUCUGCAUGUCGUUGAUAGGAGAAAUUUAUCUAAAGAAGAAAGAGAAAAAUUAAAAAUUUUAGUUGAAGAAUACUCUUCAAAAGAACCUGAAAAGCAAGUUGUUGGCUCAAAGGAGCUCGAACAUCUAGCUAACAAAACUUUUACAAGACCUUCAACUGUUCUUGAGCAGUUUUGGCUUUUGCUUAAAAGAGCCAACAUAAACUCAAGAAGAAAUCCUAUUUUUGGAAGAGUCAAAUAUUUACAAGUCAUAGUAUUAGCAGCUCUUUUAGACUUAACCUACAAUAACCUUGGAACAAGUUACAGUUCUAUACAAGAUAGAAAUGGAGUAUUGUUUUUACUUACAAUGACUGCUGCAAAUUUUGGAAACCAAAACGCUUGUUUAUCGUUUCCAAGUGAGCUACCUCUUUUCUUAAAAGAGUCCAAGCAAGGUUUAUAUAGCACAAUUUCAUAUUAUAUGGCAAAAACAAUAGCUGAGCUUCCAAAUUUAAUCAUAGCAAUCUUCUUGGAAAGCAUCAUUUUGUAUUGGGCAAUCGGAUUGAAUAACUAUGAUGCCAGCAAAUUUUUUAUUUUUUAUGCUGCUUUGCUUAUUUUAAAUAUCUGUGGAACAGGAAUUGGAUAUAUAGUAGGCGCAUUGUUCCACACAGAAACAGCUGCAAUGGCUGCAGGCCCUCUAUUUGUUAUUCCAGUUCUUCUUUUUGCAGGCCAAUUUGUAAAUGUAGAGAGAAUUCCUAUUGCCUUUAGAUGGGUGCAAUACAUUUCACCCUUCAAAUAUGGAUUUGAAGCUAUGAGCAUAAAUGAAUACACUGACUUAAAUUUACCCUGUCAAAGUUGCGAUUCAAGUGAUUGCACUAAAUGCGAUCCUGUAAAUGACCUUGGGUUCCAUGAAACUUUAGCAGAGAGUUUCUACUAUAACAUUAUUAUUGUGAUUGUUAUAAGAGUAAUUGCCUAUUUAUUACUAUGGAACACAGCAUCAAGAGCUAAGAGGUAA